AUGGCGGACACGUCCUUUGCUGACGGUGACCUUUUCAUCGGACUGGGUUCGCAACCUGGCUCACAGGGGAAAUUCAAGGUACCACCACCACCAAAAGGCAAAAAGCGCAAGGGCGAGCAAAUCGGCAAUGUCAAGAGGAAACGCGUCAAGCAUCAGCAGCACCCACAGCCGCUCCCGGGGAAGGGUAAAGGCAAGCCCAAGCCGCAGAACACCAAAUGGAAGGAGAAGAAAGAUGCCCAGUCGCGGCAGAUAAAGCGGUCGAGAACCGCGUUCCGCGAGCUGGGGGUGAGUGGGGUCUCGAAGGGGAGUCCAUGGGCCGAUGAUGUCGACUGGGAACGCUGCCGCGACCCCGCAGAAAUGCUCAACGAGGAAGUCACCGCUUUCUACAACUUCGUCACCCCCACCGAGGGCGAAUACGAGGUGCGCAAGCACGUAAUUGAGUUCAUCUCAGCACAAGUCCGCAAGUGGAAGCCCGAGAUGGAGGUUGUCGCGUUUGGCUCCUGGCAGACCCAGCUGUACCUUCCCAUGGGUGAUCUCGACCUCGUCGUUGUCCCUCCACUCACAAGACCGUGGAGCAACAAGGACACGGCCAACUUCUUGACCAACCUCAGCGUGGUCCUCCGCAACUCGGGUAUCGCGGACAAGAUCGCGCUCGUCCUCGGCGCAAAGGUCCCGAUUAUCAAGUUUGUCACACGCCCGCAGUACGGGAACAUCCCCGUCGAUAUCUCCUUUAACCAGACCAACGGCAUUGACUCUGGCAAGAUCAUCACGCAUUACCUGGACGCGUUGCCAGGCGCACGCGAGCUCAUCACCGUCGUCAAGUAUUUCCUCUCCCAACGGCAGAUGAACGAGGUCUUCACUGGCGGCCUGGGAAGCUACUCCGUCAUCUGCCUCGUCAUCAGCUUCAUGCAGAUGCACCCGAAACUCCGGCGGGCGGAAAUGGACGCGCAGCGCAAUCUCGGCACGUUGCUGCUCGAGUUCUUCGAACUGUACGGUCGCAGCUUCAAUUACGACACUGUCGGCAUCUCCAUUCGCCGCGGAGGCCAGUACUUCCUCAAGAGAGACCGCGGUUGGACGAAGAAGGCCGGCAACCCUACACCCUUCCUCCUCUCCAUCGAGGACCCGCAGAACGUUGACAACGACAUCUCGGGCGGCUCGUACGGAUUACCGCGGGUGAAGAUGACUUUUGCCGGCGCCUACGACAUGAUUCGGCAGCGUAUGUUCGACCGCGCAGCGCAGAUCCUCGCCCGUGACGCGCACGACAAGCCGCCGCGCCAACCCCAGAGUCCAGACGAUUAUUCGAUCCUCUCGUGCAUUCUUGGCGUGGAGAAGGACACGAUCGACUUCCGCGAACACAUCGAGGGGCUGUACGAGCAUGGCGACCUCGCGGCCGACCUCGACGCUUUCAUCCAGCGCCACAACGUCAAAGGCGCGCGUUUACAGAACACUCCCCUCCCGCCAUCUUUGCAGAGCAAGCGUCGCGCCCACUCGUCGGACAUGGACCUCGAGAGCGGCGAGACGUCUAAUGCGGAAGGCGGUGGUGAUGGAGAGGUCGAGGAAUACAAGGUCGAGGAGGUCAGCAGGUCCGGCGCGAUUGUCAUCGACGACAGCGAGGUGAGCGACGGCGCGAGCAGCCACACCUCGUCCUCGGGAGAGGAUGAGGAGGAGGACGAGGUGGAAGACCGCCGGAGCGUGAGCGAGGACAAGGGCCUGUACGAAACAGAGUCAGACGCGAGCGACUCGCGAUACACUGCGGCCAUGGACGCUGCCACCAAGAGACGGAAAGGCAAGGGUAAUGCGCGACGGGAUGACGGGGCCUUCAGCGCGGCGUUGGUCGAGGGGGAGGAGGUGGACGAGCUGGACAGCACCAGCGACGAGGAGGCGCCGAAAAAACCCAACGGUGUGUACGCUGCCAGUGCUGGGCCGAGCCGCACCAACUCACCACCUCUGCGUAUACUUGGUGCGAGUGCCAGGAGCGCACCCGCGUCGCCGAAUGGGCGGAGUAAGCGGCCCGAGAGAUGGGUGCGGCCAGCCGAGCGGGCGCGGUACUGGGCUGCCAAGAGUGCCGCCGAGCCCGUCGACCUGACGAACGACUCGGACUAG